AUGGCCGAUGCCGCCGAUGAGAGCGACAGCUCCAGCUCCAGCAGCUCCAGCUCUAGCUCUGAUUCAAGCAGCGACGACAGCGAUAGCGAAGAUGAGAAGCCUGCGCCCAAGAAGGGACUGAAGCGUAAGGCUCCCGAGUCGGACAGCAGCAGCUCUGAUAGCAGCAGCGAGAGCGACUCCUCUAGCUCAGACGAUUCCAGCUCCGAAGACGAGCGUCCCCAGGCUAAGAAGCAGAAGACGAAGGCUUCUAGCAGCAGCAGCUCCUCUUCUUCGUCUUCCGAUUCUGAUUCCUCGUCCUCCAGCUCGGACAGCAGCUCCAGCGAGGAGUCUUCUUCUGAUGAGUCCUCCGACUCGGACUCUUCUGACAGUGAUUCCGACUCAGACAGUGACUCCGACGCCUCCGAGGCUGCGAAGGUGCCCCUUCCUGAAUCUGACUCCGACUCCUCUUCCGACUCAGACUCGGAUGACGAGAAGAAGACGAAGAAGGAUGACACUGCUUCCAACUCUUCUGGCACCCUUGAGAAGACCUCUCCCGAAGUCAAGGAUGCUGCCGACCCUCCCCUGCCUCCUGACCCGGUCACCUUCCGCAACCAGAACAACCGUGGUAAGAAUGCCAACGGCAAGAAGGUCCCCAACAAGCCCUUCUCGCGCAUUCCUGACGAUGUUAAUGUCGACCCCCGCUUCGCCAGCAACGAGUAUGUGCCCAACGACUAUUCGCAGCGUGCCCACGAGGACCUUAUUGUCACCAAGGGCAAGGGCUUCACUAAGGAGAAGAACAAGAAGAAGCGCGGCAGCUACCGCGGCGGCUUGAUUGACAUCAGCAGCAAGAAGGGCAUCAAGUUUGACUUUUAA